UUUUAGGGCAAUUGUCAAUAAUAGCACCUUUUGAAGUUUUCCUCCCAAACUAGCACUCAGGAUCAGAAGUCACAAAAAUAGGUUUCAUUAAAGGGGUAAUUUACCUUUAUACCCUUUGUUAUAAGAAUAGAAAAAAAAAAAACAUUUCAUUUCAUUCGAUCGCGAAUCGUGUCGUCUCCCCUCGGGAAUCUUCAAACCCUCACCGGCACUGUCGUCUCCGACUCGGGAAUCGUCGUCUCCGGCUCGGGAAUCAUCUUCUCCGACUCGGGAAUCGUCGUCUCCGGCUCGGGAAUCAUCUUCUCCGACUCGGGAAUCGAAGUCUCCGGCUCGGGAAUCAUCUUCUCCGGCUCGCUAAUCGUCUUCUCCGGCUCGCUAAUCAUCUUCUCCGGCUCGAUAAUCAUCUUCUCCGGCUAUCUAAUCAUCAGCGUCACACUCUCUACUUUCGAAAUCGGUAACUUUUUAAAAUUAGGGUUUUUGAAUUAAAAUUUGGGAAGCUUGCGUUUUGAUUUUGAUUUGUGUGUUACUCGUUCUUAUUAACAAGCGAAGCAAAUGAAGACUUUUGUGUUGUUUUGUAUUUGUAUUGUUUCAGGAAACCCUUCCUGAAAAUUGAAUUUUUUUUUUUCUUGUCUACGCAGGAUAGAAACAAGAUGGGAGAUUCAGUACCUCUAAAACUAGCACUGCCAGGGCUGAAGUAUCCUAUUGGUUCACAGCCAAAGGAAAAGUCAGCAAUCAACCAAUACUCUGGUUCAGAUUAUAUCUCUAUUGUCAAAAGCAUCCUAAAACCAGAUGAGAUGAUAAGAGUCCGAGGAUCAUUUCUGGGACCUGUAAUGAAGCUCAGUGAGAGAGGAUUGAAGUUAUCAGCAAAGAUAGUCUACGCCAUUCUCACUAGAAGCAUCGUUUCUGUCAAGGAGAAUGAAGCCUGGUUCCAUUUCGGUGCGCAGCCAAUGAGGUUCUCUAUAAGAGAAUUUCAUAUGAUGACAGGCUUGAAAUGUAGUGGUGCAUUAGAAGGACCACGAAGGGAAACCGAGAGAUUUAAUUGGGAAUUGCUAAAGGGGCGUAGUCAUAAGUUAAGUGACGUGGUGGACCAGCUCAGAAACACAAGAGAAGAUGCUUCUGAGGAGAGAAUAUGCCUCGCAAUGCUCAUCCUGGUAGAGAGCAUAUUAUUGCGGAAGAGCAAAGGAGGGAGUUUUCCUUUGGAAUAUGCGAAAAAUGCACAGGAUAUGACAUAUCCAUGGGGAAAAGAGGCUUACAUUGUGCUCCUGAAGUCAAUUCAAAACGCUGUCGCGAAUCAUUUGGAGAAUAAAUCCAAAUUUGAGUUGCAAGGUUAUCCUCUAGUAUUCCUUCUUUGGAUACUAGAGUCGAUUCCUUUGCUAAGGGAUAAGUUCAGUAAGUGUGUACCAACAGUUGAGGUUCCUGGGCCGACUUACUUGUGUGAAAAAUACACUGAGGUAGAGAAUCCAUCACUUGAUAGGGUUUUACAGGUUGAAGCUGAUACAAAGCUGAAGGUCCAUUGCAUACUACCUUCUAUUCCUCAUGAUCCAGAAGAUGAUAUCUCCAUUGAAGACAAAUAUAGUGACGAGUUGGAAACAGUGAAAGAUGUAACAAAGAAAGGGUACAAGAUUACAGCCGAUGACUGGGAAAAUAGGUGUGUAGACACAUUUGACACAUUGGAUGCUCUUAUUCAAAUGAUGGCAAAUAAGGAGACUGGCCAAGCUUCUACUCCGAUUGAUGAGGAUUCAGUAAAUGAAAAAGUGAACAGGAUCAUCACGGUAAUGGAGGAGAAUCUGAAGAGCAUGAAGGAUCGAAUGUCAUUACUGGAAGAAGAAAACAUACAUCUUAGAGCUCGUGUGUCAGAGUUGGAAGGAAACAGCAAUGUUUUUCCCACUAACGUGACACAAAAGCAAUCCAGUGGGACACCUUUAUCUCCAAUGUCUCACACGCAACCAUCGAGUGAGACACCUUUAUCUCCAAUGUCUCAACAGCCUAAUUUGACAAAUGAGGUAUGUAACCAAUAAAAUAUUGUUGAGUUU